UCAUGUCUGCACCCCAUCAUGAUCACAGUCAUCGAAGAAAAGAUUCCACUCCCAUCGAGGGCUCCUCCUCCUCCUCAUCACGAUCCACUUCGCAGCAGCAGAAAGCACCUCAACCCCUCAGCCGAUACGAGUCUCAGAAACGCCGCGACUGGAACACUUUCGGCCAGUACUUGAAGAACCAAUCACCUCCAGUCUCACUCUCUCAUUGCAACUGCAACCACGUCCUCGAUUUCCUCCGCUACUUGGAUCAGUUCGGAAAGACUAAGGUUCACUUACACGGUUGCGUCUUCUUUGGGCAGCCUGACCCGCCUGCCCCGUGCACCUGCCCCCUCAGGCAGGCAUGGGGCAGUCUGGACGCGCUGAUCGGACGCCUCCGUGCUGCCUACGAGGAGCAUGGAGGGUCUCCGGAGACAAACCCUUUUGGGAAUGGAGCUAUUCGGGUUUACUUACGUGAAGUGAAGGAGUGUCAGGCUAAAGCAAGAGGGAUUCCGUACAAGAAGAAGAAGAAGAAGAAGAGGAACGGUCAGCUUAAGGCAAUUAACGAUGAGGGUACUCUGAAGCAGAUCACUUCUUAAAUAGUUACUUUGGCCUUCUGAAGAUUAUUAAAUGGACCACUACAAGAGCUCAACGGGAUGCAUAUGUGGGCGAUGGAUGUAGAAAUGGAGCAUUAUCAAUGGAAAAGACACAUCUCUUCAUCAUAUAUAAUGUAUUUAUUCUCCCUCUCUGAAAAAUAUAGCUCUAGCUAGCUAGUUUGUUCUAAAUAAUGUUUACUGUGUACGUACGUACAGAAAGCUAGCUAUACGGUUUGUAUUUGAAGUUGUAGCAACCAACACCGUAUUUUCUAAGUUCUAGUUCCAUAUAUAUAUCCUUAGACUUUUUCAUA